AUGCUAGAAAUACAGAGAAACUUUCCUGAUGAUUCAAGAUAAUUCAGCACAAACCGAGUAAUUAAGGACUAGGAAGCAUACAGAAUGAUUAAGACUCCUGAAAGAAAAAUAUAGCCUGAAGAGAAUAGAAAGACUUUAGAAACUAAUAUAGAUGAGUUUAUUUUGUCAUUAGAAACAAUAGCACAUAAUGUCAAUACUGAUGGUACUGUAAGAAGGUCUAGUCUAAGACUCUCCUUGAAUCCUUUUGACUAUGCUCUUGAUAUCACACCAGAGGAGCUAUAGAAAAGUAAAAAUAGAGACAAGUUUGAACAAAUUCAGUAAACUCCUCAAAAUUCACCUUUGAAAAAGAACAGAUGCCAUUCUCAAGAGAAAUUAUUUGGGAAUUAUAUCAACAGUAGUGGGAUACAGAAAGAGUUUCUCAACUCAGAUUCCAAUUUUUCAAUCAUUGUUCAAGAAGCUAGAUAAAAUAAUCAUUAGGUCUUUGAUGAAUAGAUUCAACGGAGAGGAACUAUAAGUGCUUAAUUGAGAAAAAAACUAGUACUUCCGAAAGAAUCCAUAAAUUUUUGCAAAAAAUUAGAUUCUGCCGAAAAAUCUCAACAACUGUAGUAAUCUACUUAAUCUCAAAAUGCUAGUAAUAUUAAUAUAAGAGAAAAUCCUGAUAUAUUCCAAUCUAGAAAUGAUUCCAAAUUGCAAACAUCACAGCUAAAUAAACAGCCAUUCUAGGCUCGAAAUAGCAAUUAACUGACUGUUAACACUUUACUAGGCAUAAGAUAGGCAUACUUGCCAUUAACCCCUCGCAGUGCAUUGCAGAAAAGUGAUAUAAAAGUUCCAAAAAUCGUGAAAGCCUGCAUAUAGGAUCUUGAUUUAAGUUCUGUUUAACAACAGCAGAGUUAAGUAAAAAAGGCCAAAUCUUUAGAGAGAAGCUAGAAUAUUAUAAACUAAUCUGGAAGCAAGCAAGAGAUUAAUCACAGAUUGAUACCUUGUGAUUUACUACUUGAUGCUAAACCAAACAUCAAGUACAACUAAUAGAUUAAGAAGAGUCAAAUACUUGAGUCUAAUUUCAAAAGUCACAAGGCUAUGUCCAAUGAUAGAUAAUCUUUCCCUUUAUCAGAUGAUGGUGAGUCAAAGUAAAGAUAGAGCCUGACCAGAGGAUCUACUGAGUACAAGAUAAGAAGAAAUUAGUUGGCCAAAAACAGAUCUCAUGCAAAUAUCACCACGAAUGCAGGAAUUGGUACAAGUCCAAGCCAAGAAUUUAUUAAUACUAGAGAUUCUUAACCCAAAGAUAACAGAAUUUCAGCAUUGAAGGAUAAACUUUACUAAGCUAAUUAGGGUCAUAGAGAUCAAGAAGUCUCAAGAUAGAAAAUGAAGCAGGAGUUUUUAUCAAUGGAUUAGUCAAGAAGAUUUAAUGAGAGCAAGAAGGAGGCAGAUGUGAUGAUCGAUACUUUACUUGCUCCUCAGGCUUAACUGAUACUCAAGAAAAAAAUCACAUCAACUUCUUCUCAUUCAAGCAAGAGAGAUAAAAUCAAGAAGAUUAAUGGCUAUUCAUUCCAGAAAGAUAUUCAUUAAAUUGAGGAUGCCCAAUGA